GUAAAGCGAGGCGGCGAGGCAGCGCGAGUGUCGUUGCCGGGCCCGAGGUCCCCGCCCACUUCUCCUCCUCCCUCACCGGAACCGGAUCGAAUCUUGGAGCGCCUGGGCGGGGCUGCCUCUAGGGCCCUCAGCCCUCUUCCUUCGCGUCCAGAGAGAGGCACUUGGAGCAGAAGAGUCUGGCGGCGAGUGCGGAGUGCGGAGGGGGAGGGCCGCGGCGCGAGGACGGAGGCGCCUUCCUUCCUUCCUUCCUUUCUUCGUCCCCUCCGUGGGCUCGGAAGUCAACAAAUGGCGGCGGCGCCUUCUUGUGGGUGCUGUUUCUCCGCCCGAGGGGUGAGGCUGCUGCCCCUUCAGUAGCCCUAGCUCAGGCUCGCGGCCGGCCCAGAAGGAGCAGGGCGGCCAUAACUGACUGACUGACUCUGACUGACUGACAGACAGCUGGCGCGCCUCUUUGUGAGGUGGCGCAAGAGACGCCACUUGGGACCUGGGCAGAGAGAGAGAGGUUUUAGCCGACUGUGUGGCUUCUGUGGCGGGCAGCAAGAGAGUGUUCGUUGCUAGGGAGAAAACACUGAGCUGUAUGCAGAAGUGCUUUACAUGUGAAAUCUGGCAAGUCUGCUUUUGUUCCCGUGCUGCAUGCUCAUCAGAAACUCUGAGAAACUUGGGAGAAUACAUCCAAUACUGCAGGAUUCUGGAAGACAGCAAUAUUUCUUUCACCACGUUUGCACUGUCAGCAGAAGAUGGAAAUUGUACUGGUUCAGCUUUGAUUUUGCCUGAAGGAAAAGUUGAACCUGACACCAUGGAAGAACAUCAACAUUUACAUUGUGUCAACUGUGUUAGUCGGCGUUGUAUGAUAAGGCCAGAGGCUGGUGUUUCCUGUGACUUAAUUGGUUGCUCUAUGGUUUGUGGAGCAGUAUUUCAUUCAUGCAAAGCUGAAGAGCAUCGCCUUCUUUGUCCACUUGAAAGAGUGCCUUGUCUAAACAGUGGCUUUGGCUGUCCAUUUAUUAUAGCGAGAAACAAAAUGGCUGAGCAUCUAGAAACUUGCCCUGCCAGUGUGGUAUGCUGCACUAUGGAGUGGAAUAGAUGGCCUGUUAGUUAUGCUGAUCGAAAAUCUUACGAAAAUCUCAGUAAAGAUGUGGAUGAAGUUGAACAGUUAGAUAUGGCUCUUGCACUUCAAGACCAGCGAAUGCUCCUAGAAUCUCUCAGAGUAGCAACAAUGACAUCAAAAAUACCCAACGAAGUAUCAAAGUCCAAGGAGCUGACUUCUGUUACAAGUGAUCCAGAUGCUACACUUUCUAAUGACUUGAUACCUGUAGAUGAAGAGUCCUAUGGUGCACUUUAUCAGGCUACUGUGGAAACGACUAAGAGUUUAGCUACAGCUCUUGAUAUCCUUAACACUGCUACUAGAGACAUUAACAUGUUGGGUUCAAAACUUACUCUUUCACCAUGCAAAGCAAGUGAAAGCUUUCCAACAAUAGAACCGAAUUGUAGUGCAGAUAUGCAUAGUGAAGUACAACAUGAUUGUCUGGAUGAUGGCAAAAUGGGAGCAGUUGGUGGCAUACAGCUGGAUGCUUUGACUCAGAAUGCCCACGUGGAAAAAAAUGGAUCAAGUGACAUUUGUUAUGAUAUCAUGCAACAACAUACAUUGAAUAUGAACUUUGAUAAUACCUCCUUAUGUAAUGGCUUUCAUGUAGACAGUACAGACAGAAAUACAUUACCACAAAGUGAAGAACUAGAUGUGUGUAAAUCUGACCAAUCAAGUAUCACAAAUGGUGUAUAUAAUGCAUCUCCUUGUGAUGAAGCAUUGAGUUCUUGCAACGCUACUCCUGUAGCAACCCAAGUUAGGGAAGAAAUACCUCUACAUACUUUAUCGAAUGGCACCGUUAAUCAUAUAUACUUGCCACGUGACUGUAGUGGAGAACUAUUACAGAGGCAAAUAGAACAAGAGAGGCUUAGAAACAUUGAUGUGUUUUCAUUAAUUCCACAUCGUUCCUAUAAUUUCCUUUCAAAUCAUUAUUUUUCCGUACCAAAGGAAGACAAAGCAGUAGACACAUCAGAUUUGGAAAUAACAGAAGAUCCUAUGGGUGUUCAGGGAAUAGAUUUAAUCACAGCAGCAUUACUGUUUUGCCUUGGAGACUCUCCUGGUGGGAGAGGAAUAUCGGAUAGUCGUGUUAUUGAUGGAUACCAUGUUGAUUUUGGGACUCAGACGUUUUCUCUGCCAUCUGCAAUUCUAGCCACAAAUACAAUGGUGGGGGAAAUAGCUUCAGCCUCUGCAUGUGAUCAUGCAAAUCCACAGCUCUCAAAUCCAAGCCCUUUCCAGACUCUUGGACUAGACCUGGUACUAGAAUGUGUGGCUAGAUACCAAACAAAGCGUUCUAUGUUUACAUUUGUUUGUGGACAGCUAUUUAGAAGGAAUGAAUUUUCUUCACAUUUUAAGAAUGUACAUGGUGAUAUUCAUGCUGGUCUCAAUGGCUGGAUGGAACAGAGGUGUCCUCUGGCUUACUAUGGAUGUACAUAUUCACAGCGCAGAUUUUGUCCUUCAACACAAGGGGCUAAAGUUAUUCAUGAUCGACAUCUUCGAUCAUUUGGGGUUCAGCCCUGUAUAUCUACUAUGCUGACAGAGCCUGAUAAAAGAUGCUGCCUAGGACUACGUAGUGAUCAUCUGAGUAAUCUUCCUUUUGAGGUUCUGCAGCACAUUGCAGGUUUUCUGGAUGGCUUUAGUUUGUGUCAACUUUCACGAGUAUCACGCUUAAUGAGGGAUGUAUGCGGAAGUUUACUACAAGCACGGGGAAUGGUUGUAUUGCUGUGGGAAAAGAAGAUGUACCCAAAUGGAAGUUUUUCGUGGCAAGUAAAGGAAAAGGUAUGGCGAUUCAGCACAGCCUUUUGUACUGUAAACGAAUGGAAGUUUGCUGACCUUGUAAGCAUGGCUGACCAUUUGAAGAAAUGCAGUUACAAUGCUGUAGAGAGACGUGAGGAAGCUGUGCCACUGCCAUGUAUGUGUGUCACGCGAGAGCUUACAAAGGAAGGACGAUCAUUGCGUUCUGUCUUGAAACCUGUACUUUAGACACAAAUAACUUGCUUCCAGUUGCACACAUACACACUCAAGCACCUGAUAUAACCUCUGUAAUAUUUUGUGACACUUUAUUAAUUUACUAAAGAUGAUUUCUUGUCAUUAUGUACAUAAAUGUUUUGAAGUGGCAUUUAUUUUUUAUAACAUUGCCUGGUUAGAAAUAAUGAAAGUUGCCUUAAUGUCUGAAAAAAAGGAACUUCUUGGACAGGAUAGUUUUAUAUAACUUCUACUAUCUGUAAACGUUUCACUGGAAAUAUCUCUGAUCUAUUAGUGUCCAUUUUUUAAUAGUUUGACUUCUGAUUGCUACAGGUAUGUGUAUUAAGAGAUGACCUGGAAUGGUAUAGAAAAGAACCAGACAAAAUAAUUUAUCUUUGGUCUCUUUACAAAUUAGAAUAUAACAGUAAACUCCGAAGGUUAGUCAGCAUUUACCAGCACCGAUCUUGAACUAUUGCUUUAUUUUGUAAAGACUGCCAUGCUCAUUUAUGCUGACUGAAUUGUAUUUAAUGCCGUUUCUUGUUGAGGAGAAUAUAUAAGAUUUUUUCUUUAGUGGUGAUAUAUAGCAGUCUACAAAUCUUUCAAGUCAGUGGCAAAAUCUUUCAAUAGAUAAGAUUGGUGUCAGGCAGCAGCUUUUUUCCCAGUGAUACCUUCCCUUCAUGCUCAAUACAGUCUGCUGAUACUAGCCAUCAAAUAGAACAAGUUAUUAGUGCACACCUGGUCUAGCAUUUUGGGUUGAGAUGUUCCACCUUCAAUUGAUUUAGAUGAUAAAAGGAGGAUUUUAACAAAAUCUUUAUUUACUGUAAAUUUGCUCCACAGAAUUCAUAUUUUAGGUCACUACAUAUAAUGAAGGGCUUGGGUUUUAUGAUGUUGAUGGAAUACACUUCACUCUUAAAAUGUUUACCUAUGUACUGCUUGGCCUCAAUGUUUCAAAUCGUAUAGGACUCUGAUUCUAAGCACACUUUGCAAAUUUGAACAGAACUUCAAGGUGUUUAGGAUAGAAGUACCAGUGUGCCAUCUUUAUAAGAUGAGAAACCCAUUCAUUGCAUUAAGCAUAUCUUAAACCCAUAGACAUUCAUUUCAUAACUCCAUUAUUUUCCAUAGUCUUCCAUAGUGAAGACAUUAUUUUGAAUGUUUACUGUAACUACAAGAAUGCCUUUAACUAUACUGGAAAGCAACAAGGCUUUCAUUCUUGAUACUGUUGGAUCAUCAAACUUGGUGCCACAGAUAGUAUGUUUCCAAUUUUUAAAGAAGAGCUUUGAAAAAAAGGAAAAUCACAAUGGCUGCAUUUGUAAUGUUUGUAAUGAACCCAGGUAUACUUGACACAGAAGUUUGUAUGCUCAGCACAUAAGAAUCCAGCCUGGGAAAUAAUUAUAUUUUUCAUUACUUAGGCUGCCCCAUUUCUUAAACAAACCAAUCAACCUCAGCCUCAUUCUCUAGUGCCAUAUACUAACAAGACCAUUAAGGAAUGUGGGUAUUAGCUCUGUGUAGCUGAUUUUUAUAAUACUGGAUCUUGGGAUCAUUUAAUUGUUCAUCAGCUGCCUUUCUCUUUGAAGAGGCAAUUUUUCUUUCAGUCCUGCCAAAUUUUGUUGAUAGAUAAACACUUCUGAUUUUAUGCCAGCGGCAGGUUGCUGUUGGCAUAGAAGAAGGUUCAAGUGGAAUUAGAAGUAAGUGAUUCUGCCUUGCUCGUGUCACCCCAUGUUUGUCCAAAACUGACACUGGAGGCUGGAGAACCCUUCAGAUUCCCACUUUGGGUGAUGCAGCAGGCUGCAGUGGGAAGAGAAGGUUCAGCUGUGCUAUCUUUCUACGCAAUGCUGACUUUAGGUAUAGUGGUUUGGAAAAGAGGGAACAGAGACCUCAUUUUAUACAAGCCCUGAUAAUACGUUGAACCUUCUUUGAUCCCUGGUAUCUCUACACUCAGAAAAAAUGUAAUCCCCAAAGGUAGUGUGUGCUUCUUUCAGCAGCGUGUGGGCAUUUGCAUUUCUCUGAAAAAUGAGAGAGAACUGCAAUUUGAAAUAACUAAGAAGAUUCAUUCCAAAUGUACCAAGUUAUUACACUAAUGUUUUGCCACUAAAUACCUUCCCCAUGUAAACCUUAUAAACAUUCAUAUUUUGUGGCUGAACAGAAGUCAGCAGAAAUAUAGCUUGACUGCUUAAAAAAGACUUUGCAGCUGAAGAAGUUCUACACUAGAUGGCUCUAGCUUCAAACAAAAACCAGUUGCACCUGGGGUGAGCAAUUGGUUUGUUUUUCUACCAUAUUAAGCAUUUUGAACACUUCUUUCUCAACACUACAUGCACUUUUACUUUUAAAUCUAGAUACUGUGUUUUUUAAAAGUUAAUCCAGAGCUAUUAAAAUAAUGCUGUAAAAAUUCUGUUCAGUAUAUUCUUACGUACAGGAAAACAACAUAAAUCUACAGUACCAGUAUUUUAUACUGCUAUGCAGGGUUUGUUUGUUAGGUUUUUUAUUUUAAAAAAACACAGUAUUUUUCAAUACUUGACCUCUUUCCUGUACUAUAUCUUGCCUUUGGGUCUCUCACGAUAAUUUUUCCAUUUGCAUUGCCUUUCUUUCAUAUUCACAGCAAUUUCUUUCUCUAACCAAUACACUACCUUGUUUCAAUGUUUUCAGUGAAUGCUAUUUUGCAAUAUCGGUUAAUCAUAAUAAAACACAUUUGCCAUUUUUA